UUGUACCAACGUAAUUUUCGCGUUCCCUCCAUAGCAAAAGCUACGGAAAAGAGAACAGAAUAGGAGAGUGAAAACGACGUAGCUGAGUUCUUGAUGCAUCGAAAAGGACGGAGAAUUUAGAAUAGAGAACGAAUAUUACAUCAGAGAGAGAGAGAGAAAAUAAAACAGACGAAUAAAAGCUGGAAGAGGAGCGUGAAACGGCAGGGGAACAAGUGCCUUCUGCUGAUCCAACGGUGUAGCAAAUUAUUAGAUACCUCUGUUCAUUGUCCACAACAAGCAAUUCACGAUGCCUAAUAUUAAACUACAGAGUUCUGAUGGGGAAGUUUUUGAAGUGGAUGUUGAUAUUGCAAAAUGCUCAGUUACUAUAAAAACUAUGUUGGAAGAUCUUGGAAUGGAUGAAGAUGAAGAGGAAGUUGUUCCUCUGCCAAAUGUUAAUUCUGCUAUUCUCAGGAAAGUAAUACAAUGGGCUACUUAUCACAAAGAUGAUCCACCACCUCCUGAAGAUGACGAGAAUAAGGAAAAACGUACAGAUGAUAUCAGUUCCUGGGAUGCAGACUUUCUAAAGGUUGACCAAGGAACUCUCUUUGAAUUAAUUUUGGCAGCUAAUUAUCUUGAUAUUAAAGGACUGUUGGAUGUGACAUGCAAAACUGUUGCUAAUAUGAUAAAAGGCAAAACACCAGAAGAAAUUCGAAAAACUUUCAACAUUAAAAAUGAUUUUGCUGCAUCAGAAGAAGAACAAGUUCGCAAAGAAAAUGAGUGGUGUGAAGAAAAAUAGAUCAACUUGUUUAUAAAUAUAUCUUUUGGUUUUUUAAAAUAUCAAUUUCAAUAUUUAAAAAUUCAGUGGUUGAUGCUUUAAUCACAUUAUUUUUAAAAAUGUCUCGAACCGUAGUCACAUCAUUUUACAAUCAAUACAUGGAUGUAUAACAUAAAUAGAUGACCUUAAUGUGUCUGUGGUUUAUUUAUCUUAAAUCUUUUGUAUACCAUUAACUAAUACUAUUUAUCACAUAUAAUGGAAAUUACACAGACAAA